UCCUGCUAAAGCCUAUCCUGUUUUUAUCUCUUUCAAAGAACUGGUUGGUGCAGGAGUGGAGAUGAGCUCACUCGCAUUUUCAGUCGGGAUUGUGAAUCCCAGAAAGUUCAGCACAAAAUUACCCAGAAAAAAAUUUGGUUCGACAGAAGCAUCAAACAUCAAUUUCUCAAGCCAACCCCAGCAGAGCUACUGGAGUAGUAGCUCUUCGGCUCCUGUCCUCCAACAAAAUGUGAACCCGCCUCUCCUCGGGAGAAGAGAAACACUUGGUUUCGGCUUCUCAUUUUGCUUUCUUGAUGUUCUCCUGCAACCAGAAGCCAUUGCAGCAGCCAACGCGCCUCCAUGUGAGCUCACAGUAGCUCCCUCAGGCCUCGCCUUCUGCGAUAAAGUUGUAGGAACUGGCCCUGAGGCUGUCAAGGGACAGCUCAUUAAGGCACAUUAUACUGGGAAAUUGGAGAAUGGUACGGUUUUUGAUAGCAGCUACAAUCGUGGGAUGCCUCUUUCAUUUCGUAUCGGUGUUGGUGAGGUCAUCAAGGGCUGGGACCAAGGUAUUCUAGGAGGUGAUGGAGUCCCCCCAAUGCUUGCUGGGGGAAAACGCACACUAAAGCUUCCUCCAGAACUGGCAUACGGCAUGAGAGGGGCUGGGUGCAAAGGAGGUUCUUGUAUUAUUCCUCCAGAUUCGGUUCUUCUGUUUGAUGUAGAGUUCAUUGGCAAGGUAUGAGAAGUAGUUGCCCCAAAGAAAGUGUCUACAUCAAUCAGUUUUUGGCUUUCUCCAAUUUUUAUUUGUAAAGUUGAAGAGAAAAAUCAAGAAAGCACAAAUGUUUCAUCCCUGAAUAGCAUUCAUGCUUGCACUGUUGCACACAUUUGUCAAUUAGAGACCCAAAAGACAGACCUUAUAUCAUUAUUAAGUAAAUACAUUUUGAAA